GUAUUUUUUAUUAUUUAAGUGCUGAUGGGUAGUACUAUAUGUAUGCAUGUUUUUUUCUCUCGCCUGUUUGUCUAAGUAAAUAUCUCUUUAGUUUAGUUGUCUUAAAUACGUUUUUAAUUUGAAUGAGUUUUCGGGGUUUUUUUAGCUUAGCCUUUAGCAGUACGUGUGCAUGGGUGGUGAGUGCUUUUUUCCCCCUCUUUUCAGUCAAGUCAUUGAAGACUUUCAGUUGUGAAUGCGUGUAACUAUGCAUUAUUUUUCUCUUGAAUAUUUGCGCUUCGAGGUUAAACUAGCUGCAUGGCUUCUCCGCGCCCAUUUUACCUAGCUAACUCUGUAGCUUAGCUUAGCUUGGGUUAGGUUUCGUUCCCCUUCUGUCUAACGUUAGUUAUGGAUUUCAAUCCGUGUGCACAUGAUGAAAAUUAUGUUGGUAGGGACAUCUGACAAAAUCUGAUGAAUGCCAACUUUUCUGACCUAGCAUAUGGCAGAAGGUGCUGGAUUCAGCAGAUCCGUGUAUUGCAUUUAGAGGGAAUGGACUGCUGUAAAUGAAGUGCCUGGUGGAAUUCUGUAUGCUGUGCUUGUGUACAGGAUGACUCAGGUUUUCUCUGAGGAUGCUGGAGAUGAUGGAAUGAGUGAGGGCUCCUGUGUCAAGUGCAAGAUGUGGCCCAGUGAAAUUGGCUGAAUGAGAUGAAGCUGAUGAGGAACCUAGGCGAAGCAUCUAGAUGGUGUGGAUGACUGACUGUCUUGAUGUCAUCACUCCAGGGUGGCUGCUCAUGCUUGAAAAAUGGUGAAGCUGUAAGCAUCCUGUAACCCUGUUGAGGCAAGCCAGGCUCACAAGAUUGAUUUGCAGCCCAUUGGCCAAGUUGACAGGCUACAUUCAGUAGAACUCCACUCAAGCUUCAGUGUGGUCAUCUGAACAUCAGGGUCUGGAAGUUGUUAUACAGUACCAGUUAACUGGAUGUGUUUUGGGGUUUAAGUUGAAUGCCAUGUUACUCAUGGGGGAACCAUGGGUUACUGAUUGUCUAGUUUAAAAUGUCAAUAAAACUUUUGAAUGGGUACGGUUUCCUUCUCAUUUUUCCUCUCCUCUCAAAGUUGCUCUCAUCACUGGUUUUUAACCCAUUAAACUCUGCAGCCGUGUCAGUGGAUUCAAGCAUAUGUUCCAUUUUGUGACUAGAAGAAGCUUUGGUCCUAUUACAGUGCAAUGAAAUUCUUUACGUAUCCCAGCUUGUUCACAAGUUGUCGGGUCACCAAAAUUUAACCUUCCGUUAUACAAAGAUCAUGAUCUGUUUGGUGUUCAAUAUUUACUUCUGAGCAUGUUGAAAUUUUUCGUUUUCUUUUUUCCAACUGAAUCACUUCUAAUGAAUGGGUACUGAUAUUGGUUUAUCCAACUGGCAAAAAUUGAUGCUCAAACUUUGAUUGCAUAACCUACAAGAAGGUAUAAUGGGGUGACGAUUCAACGUUUGUCACAUACACACUUGUACACUGUAUAUAACAAAGUGAAAAGCUGGUCCACUAACUUUUGGACUGCAUUUAAAUUGGGUAAAAUAAAAAUCAGAAAUGAGCGAGCGAUAUCGUAUUGGACUGUAGAAAAUCUGCCCGUACGCUACAUGUUCGACGACAAAGUGAAGUGGGAGGGUGUUUGUGGAGUCCUGACUGACAUAUCCGGAAUGAGUGUGCUGGCGUGAGGGGGAGGAGCUCCCCCUGAGCCGCUCAGUUUUAGCCGCCAGGGAGCGGAAAAAUGUGUACAUUUCCGUUUACUCAUUUAGCAGACGCUUUUAUCCAAAGCGACUUACAAAUGAGACAAUACAAGCAAAGCGUUAGAGUAUAUAAGGUGCAAUGGAAUUUUUUUUUCUAAGUAGGCCUCUGAAUAUCUAUAUUCAAUGUUUAUUUUAUGUACUAUAAAAUGCUCUAUAUAUGUGUAAGGAAGUCACCUGGGGAAAUUCGAAGCUGCUUGUAUUCUCUGGGACUACCGGAAGUUGCGUCACUUCCGCGGCAGCCUGUCCUGGGUAAAUAUUAAUGCAUCUCAAAUGUGUCAACCUAUUACUUCAACUACCUCUACUGCCAUGUUUGGGAAGGCGAGUGUCAGCCGAAUCAGGACGAUGCGACUCAGCAAGUGCCUGCAGGGAGCAUGUGGUCGUGGAUUUCUCAGGAUUAUAUGGGCAUGAUGACCAGCUGGUACUGCAGGAUUGGACAGUGCUGUGAUUCAGGAGACUGCAGAAUUUCCAACAACAUCACAGGUCUAGAGCGGGAUCUACAGCUAAAACUUCACGGGCAGCAUCUGGCUCAGUCGGUGGUCCUGAAAGCCAUUCAAGGCUUCAUUAAUAACCCUGAGUCAAACAAGCCCCUGACUCUGUCCUUCCACGGUUGGUCAGGCACUGGCAAAAACUUUGUGGCCCGGUUGGUGGCAGAUAACCUGUAUCGUGACGGAGUGAAGAGUGAGUGUGUGCGUCUGUUUAUUGCCCCAUUCCACUUCCCACAUGCGAGACUGGUGGAUGUGUACAAGGGCCAGCUGAGGGAGGCUAUUAGAGACAUGGUCCUCCGUUGCCCACAGACACUCUUCAUUUUUGAUGAGGCAGAGAAAUUACACCCUGGUCUUAUAGAUGCCAUUAAGCCCUAUAUGGACCACUAUGAUAAUGUGGAUGGCGUUAGUUACAGAAGAGCCAUAUUCCUGUUCCUCAGUAAUAUUGGUGGUGCAACUAUUAAUGAUGUAGCUCUGGACUUUUGGCAUUCGGGGCAGAACCGGGAGGAUAUUGGUAUGGAAGAUCUGGAACAUCGACUGCGAGCAGAAUCUAUGGAGGCUGAAGGAGGAUUUGCCCAGAGUGAGCUCAUGUCAGGGCACCUGAUUGACUUCUUUGUGCCAUUCUUGCCUCUUGAAUAUCGUCACAUUAAACUGUGUGCUCGGGACGCGUUUGUAAUACGUGGCGUGGAGCCUGAUGAGGCAACUCUGGAUGAGGUGGCUAAAGCCAUGCUGUAUGUACCCAAAGAAGAAAAACUCUUUUCUGCACAGGGUUGCAAGUCCAUCCCACAACGAAUCAACUUCUUUUUACAUUGAUAGAAUAACACACGGUCAUUAAGCCCACAUGAACAAGUUAUGGCAUACGUAACAGUGAAGCUAAAAUGAGACUGUUGCCAGAUUUUUACAUGCCAGGCCAAUCCUGAGCUCGACUUACUGUCUGUGCGGAGUUUCUCAUGUUCUUUUCCCCAUGGCAUGAAGGUUUCCUCUCCCCAUCUGAAAACAUCCUGGUAGUUGGAUUGGCUAUGCUAAAUUGCUCGUAGGUGUGGACUACUGGUAUCCCAUCCAUGACAUAUUCCCUUCUCAUGCCAGGUGUUCCCAGGAUAGGCUCUGGAUCCACCAUGACCCUGACCAGGAUAAAGCAGUUACUGAAGAUGAAUGUUUCCUUGAACAUGCAGAGCUGUUCACAAUGGAGAGCUGUUACUUGACCCCACUGAACUACUAAUCCUUUCCCACCCUGUUUACCUCAGUCUAAUAGAGCUUUUCCACUGGACAAUGCAGUACAGUUAAUAAUAUGAACUUUUUGUACCCUGGUCAAGUACCUGGGCCCGUUUCCCCUCGAGUAAUAGUAACCAUGAACGUAGGAGUAGUUCUUUGGAGGUUGUAGAGUCAUGAUAUCAAUUCUAAUGCAGUGUUGGUGUAUACCGUAAACCCUUACACUACAAUGAUCUUUUCGUAUACUAGACCCCUCAUUUAGGGGCCUCAUUUAUAAAACAUUCAUACACACAAAUUUGAUCUUAAAAUGGUAAUGCAGGUUUCCAACCUGACGUACUCACUUUUCCUAUUGACCAUGGCAGUAUGCUCCAAUAAUUAGACUGUGUGAUUUGGGAGAACUGUGCCGAUGUUUCCAGUGCCAUAACAACAAAUUAAAUGUUAUGCAAAAUCUAUUAAUAAUUUAAAUAACACUUGCUUCAAAAGGACAUACAAUCUAUUUUUAAAAGGUGCAUUAAUAGACAUUAAUGUGAGUCAGUUAUUAUGCCAUGUAUACUAACAAAAUGUAAUGUAAUGAAAUCAAAGUUUAACUCUCAGCAUACAAGUUCAUUAGUCCGCAUUAUCCAAGCAUUAAUGUAGGGCAUUAUUGGGGAUUAUACCACUAAUUUCACUGUGCCCGAUAAUGGAGGCUAGACACUGGCAAAGUCACACCGUGUCCUGCCCCAGUGGAUUGUACGCAGGUUCUGUAUACAGCAGUCUUCUUCCUUGAAAUUUGAUAUCUGGCCACUUUUUUCACUGCGGGCAAAGUCCAUCCUUUACCCCCAGCUUCAAUGGCAGCAGCCGUGCCACACUGCCGCACAACAUAUUUUGUUUGGAAUGCAAUGCUACUGCUAAGAUUUCCAAAAAGCAUUGUGUCUGCUCUUGACUGCACUUCUGUUAAAGAACAUCAAUUUCAGACUCACUGAACUUUCUCUUCUUUGUUGCCUUUUGAGCCAGUUUUAUUUGUGAGCCUCUGUUGCCAGAAAUACUGAUAUGAAAGUGUGUUAAAUAAGGGAGGUGCGGAGAAACGGGCUCACGUGGUCAAUUCCACAAAAAUGAUUUAUAAAUGACUCCGCACAAUGUAUAUUCAACCAGGUUUUCCAUUCCAUCUCAUGUGAACUUUACAACUAUUGAUUUCUAGGAUUUUAUUGAUUCUAGGUAGCUAGUGUUUUUACAAAAUAAGUGACAAGUCACCUACUUGGCACACUUUGGGCAAGGGGGGGGGGUAACCAAAUUCAUUAAAGCCACUUAAUGAAAAAUCAACAGAAUUUCGGAUCAUAUCUGUUUUCGUAACACACUUUCCUGUGGAAAAGCACCGCAAAAAAUUGGUCAAAUGUGGCAGUUAUUUACCGUGUGUGUGAGAUUGGGGUUUUUUUUUUACAUUCUGUAUUAUUUAAUGUAAACGUCUGUUGUUUAUGAAUGCCUUAAAUGGAAUCAUUUGGGUUUUUGUCACAUUAUAUGGAUGUAGGAUUUUAAGGUUCAGGAGACAUGAAAGCAGAGGAAAGCAGUUGAAAUUGUAUGACAGACCAUUGUUUACCAGUGUUACUGUUGUUUCUAUUGCAACAAAAGUCUAUUUUUCUAGAGAAAAUGCCAGAUUGUGACAGCAAUAAAAACAAUGUGUAGUCUGGGGUUAGUGUGUACACCUUAGACCUCUAACAUCUAAAAUGUUUUUCAAUAGACUAUGGAAUUGCAUGGUGGAGUUUACAAUGUCAUUACUGAGUUUAAGGGAAAUAUGUUGAAAUGAAAGGAUUUAAUUUAAAUGUUCUAGAUGAAAAUACAUCCCAAUGUUUAAUCAUUUUGGUUGACAUGAAGCUACAUUGUGUAAAAAAAAAAAUCCAAAUAAAAAUAUAAAUUUUUAUGCUGGUUUGUUAUAAUAAUAAGCUAUAAACACUUUGUAUAUAAGGAAUUCUAAAUUGUCAUUAUUAUGUAUAUUUUGAACAUUUUAAACACUGUAUUUAGCUUUUAGACUUUUGUGUCAGUAAUAUUUUCACUACAAAGUCAUCAGCUUAAAGUUCUAAACCUUUUGUAAAGAAUUUAAUUUUAGCUGUUAUACAUAAAAAUGUUUUAGACUGGAACUAGAUUUGUGUCCUUUCUUCUGACUUUUCUAAUGCUCCAAAAAGUUACAUUUUCACAUAUAUGAGAUUGAAAGUAUGGGGGGAACAUGCAAACUCCACGCACACCCCCAACCCUUGAGGUGCGAGGCUUAGUGGUUCGCCUCACAUUGCCAGGGUUGGGGGUUCGAUUCCCACUGCACUGUGUGUGCGGCAUUUGCGUCUUCUCCCCGUGCUACAGGGGUUUCCUCCGGGUACUCCGGUUUCCUCCCCCAGUCCAAAGACAUGCAUUGUAGGCUGAUUGGCAUGUCCAAAUUGUCCGUGGUGUGUGAAUGUGUAUGUGAUUGUGCCCUGCAAAGGAUUGGCACCCUGUCCAGGGUGUACCCCACCUUGUGCCCGAUGCUCCCUGGGAUAGGCUCCAGGUUCCCCCGCGACCCUGUAGGAUAAGUGGUAUAGAAAAUGGAUGGAUGUUAAAAGGGAAAAAAAAAACC